GAAGGAUCCCCAAGCUGCUGCGGGCUGAAGAUGAGGCAGAUGCAGGCCACUUGUACUAAUGGGAGGUCCGAGGGGGAUGACAUGACUGCUCUUUGGUUCCCAUGCCCUGUGGCACACUCAUGUCACACUCCUGCAAGCUUAUAUCGAUGACGGCCGCAGAGAGGGUGCACUGUCCAUCUGCUGUGCAGACACAAAGACACACACAUCCCUCAUCGCUGUGGUGCAGCAGGCAGACGUCCUGUGCCAGGCCUGCUCCCCUGAGAUCUGCCCCCCUCCUCCUCUCUGCCUGUGACGCGCGGCAUCAGGGUAUAAAAGCAGCGUGCGCUUUUACGCACAGGAACACAAACAAAAACCAGUGCCAGGACCAAGACGGGGAGGUGGGAUUUAGGACUCACCGAGAGGACCACCACAGCUCAGAGUUAUUUUUAUAGUGGACCAUUUCAGAUUUUUCUUUGACAACUUUUUGGGGGAAUAUCAACGCACACGUCGAAUGUGGACAUCCACAAAUAUUUUUUCUCUUUUUAAUUUUCACUGGAAGACCCGAAAUGGCACCGCUACUCUUCAGACUCUUACUGGCUUUGACCUUAAUGCACACAGUUUGCUCGUCCGGUGUCUUUGAGCUCAAGAUCCACUCUUUUCACACAGCGCAGCGCAUCUGCAGGAGACACAGGGACUGUCACAUUUUUUUCCGGAUUUGCCUUAAACACCCGGAGGAUGUGAUCUCCGCAGAGCCGCCCUGCACCUUUGGCACAGGGCAAACCAACGUCAUCAGAGCCGAUCACACCUCCAUCUCCAGCAGUGCGCCCAUAAGAGUGCCGUUUCAUUUCAAGUGGCCGGGAACGUUUUCGUUGAUCAUUGAAGCGUGGAACGCAGAAUCUCCCACCGAAUACACAGACAACCAAAACAACUUGGUGAGCCGUCUGGCGACCAGGAGAAGACUUGCCAUCGGAGAAGACUGGUCUCAGGAUGUGCACUUCGGAGAGCAGAGCGAGCUGCGCUACUCCUACCACGUUUUCUGCGACGAGUACUACUUCGGAGACGGCUGUGCGGAAUACUGCAGGCCCAGAGACGACACCCUGGGUCACUACACCUGCGACGAGGAGGGCAAUCGCAUCUGUCUGGAGGGCUGGAAGGGAAACUACUGUUCUGAGCCCAUCUGCUCGGCGGACUGCAGUGAGAAGCAUGGCUACUGUGAGGUCCCUGGGGGCUGUACGUGUCGUAUGGGCUGGCAGGGCCCCUCCUGCAACGAGUGCGUCCGCUAUCCAGGCUGCCUCCAUGGGACGUGCAGCCAGCCGUGGCAGUGCAACUGUCAGGAGGGCUGGGGGGGGCUCUUCUGUGACCAGGACCUCAAUUACUGCACCAACCACAAGCCCUGCACCAACGGUGCGACCUGCACGAACACAGGACAGGGCAGUUACACCUGCACCUGCAGGCCCGGCUUUGGGGGCACCAACUGUGAGCUGGAGACAAAUGAAUGCGACAGCAACCCCUGCAAGAAUGGAGGCAGCUGCAACGACCUGGAGAACGACUACUCCUGCACUUGCCCUCAGGGAUUCUAUGGGAAGAACUGUGAGAUCAUUGCCAUGACGUGUGCAGACGGUCCCUGUUUUAACGGCGGCACCUGUGUGGAGACGAUGACCGGAGGCUACACCUGCCGAUGCCCUCCUAAUUACACCGGCUCCAACUGUGAAAAGAAGCUGGACCGCUGCAGCAACAGGCCAUGCCUGAACGGUGGCGAGUGUCUAGAUCUGGGCCAGAGCAUCUUGUGCCGCUGUCAGGUUGGCUUCACCGGCGCCAACUGUCAGAUUAACAUUGAUGACUGUGCUUCAAGUCCCUGUCAGAAUGCUGGAACCUGCCAGGAUGGCUUGAAUGACUACACCUGUUCAUGCACCCUGGGAUACACAGGGAAAAACUGUAGCGUACGCUCAGAUGCCUGCGGUGCUCGCCCGUGUCAAAACGGCGGUACCUGCUUCACCCACUUCACAGGGCCCGUGUGUCAGUGUCCCAAAGGCUUCAUGGGUCCAAGUUGUGAGUUCACCCUUCAGCCCAGUUUCAAGCCAGCUUUGCGACAAACCUCUGAGCCCUCGUCUGCAACCGUGACCGUCUCCUGCGUCCUGGCGGUCCUGGUGCUGGUCCUGGUGGCAGCAAUCAUUAUCCUGAGGAGGAGGAGGAGGUUACAAGGAAGGAAGCAGCUGAGUGACAUUGCAGUUUACAAUGACUUGGAGACAGUCAACAACCUGGGUGGAAGUGAGAGAGAUUCUUUCCUGGGUCCGAAUGGCCUGUUCAAGAUCAGCAACAGCACAGCUCGCCUCAGCCUCUCACUCUGCCCAGACGGCAGAUCGGGCUACAGGCACAAUCCUGCAGAGAGCGGUCUGGCCAGAGGUCAGCGUCAGGACUUCAUGUGGAACGAUGAGGUCGCUGUGGGCACUGGAGCUGGGCUGAGAUGAAACUCAGAUGAAGAACAUAAAUGCGGACGUUUAAACAGGAAAGUAAAAUAUAAGCACUUGUUAAACCUCUCUCUUCAUGCAGUGAGCAUGGACAGAAGCGUGAUUUGUGAGCCAAACACUAUCUGGGAGAGAUGAUUCACCAUCUACGGAUGAACAUAUCUGGCUAAGAUGUUCUACAAAGAAUAUGAAAAACUGUACAGGGCAAAGCUCUUCCACGUAUAAGACCCAAAGACUAGUAAUAAAAGCCACAUUUCACUGGACCUACAACACAAACCAAAUACAGGAAGUCAUAUUCACUAGGUCAUGUUUGGAAAACCUGCCCGAAAAAUGUUUCAUGGUGAUUGCCUUUAAUGUGUUUUCUCUGUUCGAUUAGUUGGUCUUUUUUUUUUUUAAACACUGGACUUUUAAAAAUAAUAUUAUUUAUUUUUGCUUUUCAAUCUUCCUUUGACCUUUUUUUCCUUAUUGUGAGUACCAUCAUUUUUUUAUUCUUUAUAUUAUUUAUUUAUUUGAAGACUUGUGUUUUUCACCUUACUUUGAUUGUCACAGAUGUAGAGAUAUAUUUAUAUGCUGCGGAAUGGUGUUUAUGGAAUGGGCUGUGCAGGUUAGUGUGACAUAUCCCAAAGAUGUUCAGAGCAGGGAUAUAAGGAAAAGUGCUUUAUCACACACUCAUUCACUGUGAUUUUAUUUAUCAUGAAGACUACUGAUCUCAUUGCUCUUUCAUGUGCCAUUUUUUUUAUUUCAUGCCAAAGUUUGUGUUACGUUACACAUUUCCAUUCAUAUUAUUUAAUUUUAUUGUGUGUCGAUUGUGAUGUGGAAUAAAACGUUUGUUUGAAUGUAAA